AGAUAAUCCACUAUACUUGUCAUGUUUGUUUUGGUUUGAGAUCCAAACAAAUGACAAAUCUACAGAAAAUUGUGGAUGCUCAAAGUAUUUAGAAGGAGGAUUUAAAGAUGGUGUUUCAAAACAAAAUAUUUUAGAUAAUCUUGAAAUAAGUAUUUUGUAUGGCAUGUGUCCUCACGUUUUACAGAAUCAGGGUUUUGCGCAGGUUACCAAGCGAGAUGACGAUUCGUAUGUCGAUACGGAAAAUCACACAAGUAUGCAACAAGACAUUUUUGACUCACGGCAAUUGAAAAGAUGUGAGAAGAAUUUUCCUCCAUUUAUAAAAAGAAUGCGUAACUCAGUGAAACAGGCGGCUGGAGUUUACUGGACUCACUUGGCUAUAUUUUGUGGAAAGAAUAAAUUUAUUGUAUCCUUAUUGAAAUAUUGCAAGAAAAAAAUGUACGAUGUACCUUUAUUCACACUACUGCAUAAAUUGUCAGUACCUUUAUUGUCCGUUUUGCAUGAAAACUCCUCCAUAAUGUAUGAAGUUGUAUCGAACUACCCAAGAUCUAUAAUAAGUGCUCCGAUAAAUUUCACCGUAUAUAAAAAUAGAAAAGUGUUGAAUUGUGAUUAUGGCGCAUUUUCAUUGGUUUUAGAGCUUACAAUGUUCAACGAUUUCAAAAUCCUCUACAAGAUUGUUCGUAACGAUCAGUGUCUAUUAAAAGAAGCGAACUUAAGCGGCAUGGAGUUUUGUAAUUUACUGAGUGACACAAUGAAUAACCUAAUGAUACACAAGCAUGUAGAUGACUUGGAAUAUCUACUUUCUGUAAAGAAAUUGCCAUUAGAGUCUUACGCAUCUUUGUUUUAUUUGAUAUACAAAUCAGAUGCAAGGUCGAUUUAUUCAACCAUAUUCGACAAAUCAGAUUUCUGUUCCAGAUUUCUAUCUUGGAAAACGAAAGUAAUUAAAAAAAAAUCGAAGCUUUUGACGGCAAUAUUGUUUACUUCAAUUCUGCAUGGCGAUACUGUUGCAAUCAACAAAUUUGUGGAAUAUGGGUUUAAUGUAAAUACAGAAGUUAACGAAUGCAGUAUUCUUGUCUGGGCAGAGCAGCUAAAUUUCCCAGAAAUUGUUGCGAUACUUUUGAAGGCAGGUUCACGGCGUGUAGCCAAUCGAAUGUACAAGGAAUUUCGAAAUGUAAUAAUGACGUAUGAAGAUUAUUACGCCAAAUUAGCAGACCCAGAGUAUAAUCGUAUAUCUGUUCUCCAUCGUUUAUAUGAAAAUACCAACCCAAGCGUGUUUUUCUACACUAAUCCAGCUAUUCAGUCGUUAACUACCGCUGUUCCAUCAUUUCAUGUCAUGAAAUAUCUUCUUCUCCAUGACAAAGGUUUAAGGAACAUUGACGACUUUCUAUUUAUGUUGCCGUAUUACAGCAUAUAUGAUUCACACAUUUUUCAUCUAAUAAUUAGAUCUAAUUCAUCAAUGCGACUUCAAGUCAGGGAUAUAGACAGAAUAGUAGAGUUUAAAUCACUGAGUUGCAAUUUAGAUAACGAUGCAUUAUUUGAAUUGCUGUCAGAAAUAACUAAUUAUUCUCUGUCAACUAACGAAAUAAAAGCUUUUGAAAAAAAUACUUUAACCGAGCUACCUUGCCUACCAGUGAAAACGCUUAAAAGUUUUUGUAGAAACAAACUCCGACUGCACUAUAGGGGAUACCAACUUUUCAAGUGUUUAAAUAUUUUGAAUGGAACAAUUCCGUCAUCUGUAUGCAGUUUUCUUCUGAAGGAGGAUGUUUUAAAGCUAUUUUUAUCAGUCAAACAAUUAAAUAGGAUGGAUGAAGACUCUAGUGAUGCCGAUAAAUAUUUUAUAUAAAACUUCAAAGGUAUUGUCUUAUUGUAUUAUGGAAACUCCUUUAUUAAAUGGCAAAAUCAAAAGCUCGAACACGUCAAACGAAUAGACCACUUUCGAGUUCAUCCGUCACCGGCAAAAACUCGUCAAUUAUGCACGCCUUUAUGACGUCAUUUACCAGAUAGAGGGGCUCGCCUGUAUCCCUGCACUAUUUACGUUCAUCAAGCGUCUUAGUGAUCGUCUUUGUGCAGGAUAAACUAGAAAUAAUGGUUGCUAUGUAGGUACUUACUGACAAUUCCCUAUUGACAGCAGUGUUGAUUGUCUAUUUUCAGAAUUCAAUUUGCCGAAUAAUUCGUACAAUAUAGAAUUAUAAUUUUCCAACCACUCGCUCAACAUUGGAAGGGAAGUGACGACGCCCCUAAACACACAGAUGACGGUGAUAAAGGCGCGUAUAAUGGACGAGUUUUUUCCGAUGACGGAUGAACUCGAAAGUGGUCUAAUGACAACACAUGUCAUAUUCCAAACUUGGUAAAGGCAUUCCUUUAUUAGAAAAUGGUGACUAAACCUGGUUGUAUAGUAAGCUUAAUCUCUCACUGUUAUAAUAGACAGGCGCAUUUA